AUGGCAGCAGCCACAGCGAGCGCAGGCAUCCCAGAGGACGUGGUUGACACCGACAUCGACGAUCUGCUCACUUGGAUCAGUGACAUGACAUCCAACGCAGACAUCCCAGUCGACAGUGCGGAGAUCGAUGAUAUCCUGACGUGGAUCAGCAACGACGGGACACCCAGCUCAGGCAUUCCAGAUGACAGCCUGGAACUCGACGGUUUGCUCAGCUGGAUCGUUGAAGCGUCGAGUCCUCGGGAGGUCCCCCAGCAGGCGUUCCCAGCCGUCCCCAGCAGGCUCAGCACCUCUCCUUUCAUCAGAGCCCUCCGUGACCGUCCCAGCGGCAGCAGGGAGCUCAGCGGAGAGGCGCAGGCUGACGCCGGGCCCCUCAGCGAGCCGUUCUCGGGGCAGCCAGCAUCCUCUGGGCAGCUCUCUGAGCCGCUGCCCCGCGGGCAUCUGAUGGAAGAGGCGCGGCAGAGGCAGCCCCGGGUGGUUCUCACCCGCCUGGCACUGCCGACCCCCCUGGCUGCCCCCGCACCUCUGUUGCCCCGCACUGCACAUCUGAUCCAAGAUGUGCAGCGGAGGCAGCCCCGGGUGCUUCUCACCCGCCUGGCACUGCCACCCGGCUGCAUCUCCUGCCACGUGCCCCACAACCACCGCGGGGACGGCAGCGAGCCGGCCGAGUGCCCAACGCCCGCAUGCACCACCAGGAAAGGCAAGAGCAGAGGGCACGAGCAGCGCACUGGCCGCAUCCCAAGCAGAAAGAGGAAGGUGCCGCUGGGCCAGGACGCUCCAGGACAGAAACGCCGGCGCUAGGCGAAGCUGGGUGGGCUCAGCCCGAGCAGGAGCGUCCACAGAAACCGGCCCACGUGGUGCAGCAGGAGACACGGCCAUAGCCAACAAACACGGCUCCCUGCAGCUCUGGGCUCCUCGCCGGCCCCCGCGGCGCACAGAGAGCAGCGGCAGUGCUCCAGGGGCACCAGCACCGGCCCCAGCCCUACCCCUCCAAACCUGGGCUGUCCACCAACGUCAUCUUGGACUGCUAAAUUAUGUUAAAUUGUGUUAAAUUAUUAAAUGUUUUGUAUUCACUUUCCUACGCCUCCACGUGCAGUCAUUCCUGCAGCACCAAAGCCCCCCCAG